AUGGCUUUCUACACCUCACGAGUGGAUGACGAUGGUAAUGAGCUGGAAAGGCGACCAUCGGCACGCAACUUGACGUCGUCAAUCACUGACAGCACUGCUAGAUCAAACCUCAGUUCACGCAGCUGCGAAAUCAAAGGCAACGUGCGUUAUGUUAAUCCGGCCGCCUACAUUGAGAAAAGUGGCGAGACGGAAAGAACGCUUGGUGCUGGUCAGAAAAGCGUUCGUAGUAAGGGCCGAGCGAGUUCGGAAACUGAAAGUGAUAUCGUGCCACCUUUGGACUUGCAGUCGGAAGACAAUUACCCUACUACACAGGAUUGCACAUUUUCCUACCGCAAAUACUGCGAACCGGCCAAGAUAGUUUUGAAACCGAACAGUGCUUACGAGACUUGGCUAUCUGCCAAAAAAAAGCUUCUAACUGAUGCGGCUGCCAAGAAGAAAAAAGCCGAACAACAAAAAAAACGGGAAAUAGAAGAACGCAAGCGUUUAGCAGAAGAGAAAUUCCAGAAAUGGCUAGAGACAAAAGCUCGUCAAUCAAAAAGUCAACCACCACAACAUUCAUCAAUGCAACAAAUCAGUUCGAAGCAAACGAUCAAAUCGUCCUCAACACGUUCGGAAGUGUUCGAAAAGCCGUCACGUUCUCAACUGAGUAAAGAAGAGUCUAAGGCACGUUUAGUAGAAUGGGAGAAAAGCAAGCGUGCACAGGAAGAACGUCGUCGAAUAAUCAAACGCCAAGAGGAAGAGAAGCGUCGGGAAAUUGAAGAACAGCGAAGACAUAUGGCUGCUGACGCAUGGGAGAAAUGGUUGUCGGAAGCGGCGAAGAAGCCUAAGCCCGUGCCCUUAAAUCGUGGUAUUUUCACGUUACGUGCCACCAUUUCAAACAUUUACGUGAAUCCCAACGCGUGGCAGCCGAUUAUUCCCAUCAAAGAGGAAGAUUGA